UUGCGGAUUUCAUUUCAGCGAAAUUCAUUAGUGACCCAAAUCAACAAUACGGGAUAUGUGUGUUGCCUGGUUGGGUGGCGGUUGAUCGGCUUUGUUGGGAUUAAUUUGAAAAUUUUGUGGGGUACAUUGACGUUGGUGUCAGUCUGUAGGUACUGCUGAGCAGUUCUGGGGUGAUGCUGUCCAGAAUUAGGGACAACCCUCAGCAUGUGUUUGACUGUUUCUGCGAGGUGGUCAUUCCGACCAAGGCCGACGAAAAGCCAUGGAUCGUGCAGAAGUUCCCCGAUUCGUACCAGAAUGAAGAGACGCUGAAGAUGGUGCCCCAGUUUACGUUUCCCUGCGACUUCGAACGCACAACCGUACAGCAUUUCUCGUUCGUGCUGACCAGUAUCGACUCGAAGUGGACGUUCGGCUUCUGCCGACACGCGCCUCAGAAACAGACGGCGCUGGUGCUCCUCAGCGCCUUCCCCUGGCACGACACAUUCUUCAAACUGCUAAACUGUCUGUCGGACCUGACGGCAUCCGACGACCAGGGGCAACUAUGGACCUGUCUACAGGCGUUACACCGGAGCCCCGUCCCCGACCGGGGCGGGCCCGUCGUAGUUCCUCUACCUGAGGGCAAGAGCUUUUCAGUGGCUUCCACAGAUCACCUUAGUCUUCCAUGCAUACCUCAGGACCGUAACCUGACCGAAUACUUCAACGCCGUGGACACCAACAACAUGAUGAUCAUGUUCGCCUCGAUGCUGUACGAGCGACGCAUCGUCGUGACGUCACGCAAGCUGUCGCGACUCAGCGCCUGCGUUCAGGCGGCGAACGCGGUCAUCUACCCGAUGUCGUGGCAGCACAUUUUCAUCCCGGUGCUGCCUGCCAGCCUGCUGGACUACCUGUCGGCGCCGAUGCCGUUCGUGAUCGGCGCCACAACUUCGGUGAUGCAGCGAACCAAGCCGGCUGAUAUCGGGGACGCGGUGGUUCUGGACGCAGACAACAACCGCAUAGACUCGCCGUUCAACGAUCUGGAGACGCUCCCGCAGGAAGUGGUGUCCACACUGAAGCGGCAGCUGAAGAACCCCAACAACAUGCUCGGAGACGGUGUGGCCCGCUCCUUCCUGCGUGCGCUCGUUCAGCUGAUUGGCGGCUACAGAGACGCCCUCAGGUUUCCUCAGGACUGUGCCAAGAUCACAUUUGACAAGGACGCGUUCAUUCAGAGCCGGCCGGCGCACAUACAGCCGUUUCUGAAGGAGAUGCUGAAUCUGCAGAUAUUCCAUCAGUUCAUAACGGAACGUCUGGAGAUGCUCAACUCGGGUCAGGGCUUCUCGGACGAGUUUGAACUGGAAGCGUGCCUCUACAGCGAGAAGUCGAGCUCACGACUCACACAGCAGUAUAAGGACUGGGCGAGCAACUUUCGGAAAGAGGGUGGUGCCUUCAUAAAGACAGUACGCAGCAAGACCAACCCGGCACUCAAGAGCGCCGUCAAGGGCGUCAAAGAAACGGGCAAGAGCGGCAGCAAGCAAGUGAGGUCGGCCUACAAAAAUAUCAAGUCACGUCUGAAGGACAUCCAGCAGACUCCGGAGGGCGCGCCUGGCGGCCGGCUGGACGAGGAGCCCGCAGAGUCUCAGCCGCGGUCCGCUCCGAGCUCCCCGGGCUCCGCUCGGCCCCGCCGCGGUAUCAGUAGAGGCUCCAGUGCGGUCACCUACCGCCGACAGCCCACCGAGCCGCUGGCCAGAGUGGGAGGACGGGCGGCCGCCGCGACACAGAGCGCACAAACGAUCAAGUAUCACGUGAUUGACCCACCAGCGCCGGGAUCCACCGAAGAGAAUCUGUUUCCUCCCGCCAGCGGACCCAGCCUUUUGGAUGAGGUCAACCAGGUGCUCGAACGCAUCGAGGAGAACAAGGAGACGGACCUGAUCCGACUCGACUCGGCCGAGGACGAGCUGGUGUUUGACCCGCUGCGGGCCCGAGAUCGCGCGAGCUCCCUGGCGGGUCCGGCCGCCGUGCCGCCGGCCCCCCUACCCUGCCCGGCACCCCUGAUCGGCCUGGGCCCCUUCAACGGCGUGCGGCCGGCUAACGGGGCCGUGCACAACCCCGUCUAUCCGUUCUGUCAGCCAGGUCUACAGACGGUGGGCGUACCGCUGGUGGCCGGCGCCGGCGGCUACCCGCUCUCCGGCAGUCGCUCGGCGGCCAGCGUGCUCUCGGCCGCCCCCGCCCCCGCCCCCGCGCCAGCCCCCGCGCCGGCUCCGCGCCGCCAGCCGGUCCGCCAGCCCAGCCAGAGUAGCGAGGAACUGCUCAAGGAGUACGGGCUCGACUUCAGCCGGCUGGCUGUGAACGAACCGCACAGGGACCCGGCGGCGCCGCAGCCACCCGCCCCCGCCCCCGCCCCCGCCCCGGGCGGGUUCCCGGCGCCCGCCAAACCGCCGCCGCCACUGCCGCCAAAGUCCACACGCUGGACAACAUUCGAGUGAUCAAAGCUUUAUUGGGGAACGGAAGUAAGAUCUGGUCUGCCGCGUCGUGUUGCGUCGGAUACUGCUCGGAGCAUGCUCGUUUAUAUUAUGCAUGCGCCAAUGCAAUUGUGAUGUUAACAUUUGCUUCCAGUGACGCUGGAUUGUGAUCGAUUUUUCGCGAAUAUUUAAAGGCUUUGCUGUGCUCAAAGUGUAGCGACGAUAAACGUGGGUUUAUUAUACUGCGUCGCAGUCUUACUUGGUACGGUAGCCGCGUAGUCAGAUUUUACUACACAUUUGGUAGCCUGUGGCCUUUGGCUUGGUAUUUAUUGUGUUUGUGAUCCUCGGUAACGUUAUACGAAGCAACUCUGCUAAUAUUAUGUUCCAUGAGUUAACGGUCUCAUCUUGUACGAAUGCCGGCAGUAUGUAUUAGUUCUCAAAUAAUAUAUGUCUGACAUGG